UGAGCUGUGUGAGCUAGCAGAGACAAAGCGGUGGCUGCGGCGGCGGCGGCGGAUCAUCCCUAAACGCUGAGCCCGUGGCGUUGUGUUCUGUCAUCAUCUCCUCAUCCAGCGCGGCGCGCGUGCGGUCGUGUUUGCGGGCGGCGGCAGCAGCAGCGGCGGCGACAGCAGCGGAGGUGGAGGCGGAGGCAGCACAUGGUUCCAAGCGCGCGCUGCGGUUGUGGGGUUCCAGUUCCGUGGGGAGGGACAAAGGCAGCUUUGAGCACCCGGCAACGCCCGGUCGGGUGGUGCGCUAGCCACUGCCCUCGAUCCCGGUCUUAAAGGCUGGGACUGACUCCUCUCCCUGAGGAGGAGGCCACGGAACCGAGGCCCCGGAAGGGCCUGAGGGGCUGAGGCCGCUCUCUGAGGGAAGUGGGGGAGGGGCGCGGCCUGCCCGAGCUGAUUUGGGGCUGGCCGGCUUUGAGAGUCGAUUUAGUGGGCCUGUGUGAGGUAGUUUGGCCCACGACUCUGUGAAGAUUAGGGCAGGACAACAAGCUGGGUUUGAUGCGGGCUUUGGAAAGCAAAAUUCUGUCAACGCUUAGGAGGCCUUUCGGUUGGGAGGUGGUGAAAUCGGAACUAGCGCCAUAUAUGUUAUUCAUCGACGCCUGAGUCACCAAGGGGAGGGCUUAUUUAAGGAUCCUGGGAUCACUGAUGGCGAAGACAUGGGUGAUUGUCCAAUUUUAUGACAGAAGUUCAUAAAUUUCCGGAUUUGUAAGUUUCGGGUUAACAGGAAAUUGAGGGAAACAAAACAGAAACCCCCAAAACACGAGGCUCAAAGAACAUGAAGAUGGAGCAGUAAUAAACCACCAACUCCAAGGCCAUUUACUGCAAGAUCGUCUGUACUGGACUAAAUUGUCGGAAUUGAAGUAUCGCCAUUUAAUGCCAAAAGCCCCUUAGGACUACAGAUUUAUGACGUAUUUUUCCCAAAAUAUUACGUCAUAAUUGUUGUGAAGAUAAAAAAUAUUUAAAGAAGAAUCAAUUGUAGCUUCAGACUUCUCUUUGAAUAUAUUUUGGAUAGAUUCUAGGUAACUCUUUCACUAAGGAGCACAAGCUUAUCAAACCUUUAUUGGAAGGAAUCCUGGAAAAUCUAUCCAUUGUAAGAUUGUAUUUCACUAUUUGUGGGUAAAGGACCGGAGACCUCACUGCAGUCAUGGCUUUCACAAAUUACAGCAGUCUGAAUCGAGCUCAACUAACCUUUGAAUAUCUGCACACAAAUUCAACCACUCAUGAAUUCUUGUUUGGUGCUCUUGCUGAACUGGUUGAUAAUGCAAGAGAUGCUGAUGCCACCAGAAUUGAUAUUUAUGCAGAAAGGCGAGAGGACCUUCGAGGAGGAUUUAUGCUUUGCUUUUUAGAUGAUGGUGCAGGAAUGGAUCCAAGUGAUGCUGCCAGUGUGAUCCAGUUUGGGAAAUCUGCCAAGCGAACACCCGAAUCCACUCAGAUUGGGCAGUACGGGAAUGGUUUAAAAUCGGGCUCAAUGCGCAUUGGGAAGGACUUUAUCCUCUUCACCAGGAAGGAAGACACCAUGACCUGCCUCUUCCUGUCUCGUACCUUUCACGAAGAGGAAGGCAUUGAUGAAGUGAUUGUCCCAUUGCCCACCUGGAAUACUCAGACCCGGGAACCUGUCACUGACAACGUGGAAAAGUUUGCUAUCGAGACAGAACUCAUCUACAAGUACUCCCCUUUCCGCAAUGAGGAGGAAGUGAUGACCCAGUUCAGGAGGAUUUCUGGGGACAGUGGAACACUGGUGAUCAUCUUCAAUCUCAAACUCAUGGAUAAUGGAGAGCCGGAGCUAGACAUAAUCUCAAAUCCAAGAGAUAUCCAGAUGGCAGAGACCUCCCCAGAGGGCACGAAGCCAGAGCGGCGCUCAUUCCGCGCCUACGCUGCCGUGCUGUAUAUUGAUCCCCGGAUGAGGAUCUUCCUCCACGGGCACAAGGUGCAGACCAAGAGGCUCUCUUGCUGCCUAUACAAGCCCAGGAUGUACAAAUACACAUCAAGCCGUUUCAAGACCCGUGCAGAGCAGGAGGUGAAGAAAGCAGAGCAUGUAGCUCGGAUUGCUGAAGAGAAGGCUCGGGAGGCAGAGAGCAAAGCUCGGACAUUAGAACUACGCCUAGGUGGAGACCUCACACGCGACUCCAGGGUGAUGUUGCGACAGGUCCAGAACACAGCCAUUACUCUGCGCAGAGAAGCCGAUGUCAAGAAGCAGAUCAAGGAGGCCAAGCAGCGAGCUCUUAAGGAACCUAAGGAACUGAAUUUCAUUUUUGGGGUCAACAUUGAACAUCGAGACCUGGAUGGCAUGUUCAUCUACAACUGUAGCCGCCUAAUCAAGAUGUAUGAGAAAGUGGGCCCACAGCUGGAAGGGGGCAUGGCCUGUGGUGGGGUUGUUGGGGUCGUUGAUGUGCCUUACCUGGUCCUGGAGCCUACGCACAACAAGCAGGACUUUGCUGAUGCCAAGGAGUACCGGCACCUGCUGCGGGCGAUGGGGGAGCACCUGGCUCAGUACUGGAAGGACAUUGCCAUUGCCCAGAGGGGAAUCAUCAAGUUCUGGGAUGAGUUUGGCUACCUCUCUGCCAACUGGAACCAGCCCCCUUCUAGUGAGCUGCGUUACAAACGCCGGAGAGCCAUGGAAAUCCCGACCACCAUCCAGUGCGAUUUGUGUCUGAAGUGGCGGACCCUCCCCUUCCAGCUGAGUUCUGUGGAAAAAGAUUACCCUGAUACCUGGGUUUGCUCCAUGAAUCCUGAUCCUGAGCAGGACCGAUGUGAGGCUUCUGAGCAGAAGCAGAAAGUUCCCCUGGGGACAUUUAGAAAGGACCUGAAGACACAGGAAGAGAAGCAGAAGCAGCUGACAGAGAAAAUCCGCCAGCAGCAGGAGAAGCUAGAGGCCCUUCAGAAAACCACACCCAUUUGCUCCCAAGCUGACCUGAAGAAGCUACCCUUGGAAGUGACCACCAGACCUUCCACUGAAGAACCUGUACAGAGACCACAGCGUCCUCGGUCACCCCCUUUACCUGCUGUGAUCAGGAAUGCUCAAAUCAGACCUCCUCCCCCACAAGUUCUCAAACCAACCUGCCAGCUCCGAAAGGCUCCUGUCAUCAGCACUGCCCCAAAACCUCCUACCUUGGUAGCCCGGGAGGUGGCCAGUACGUCCAGGCUGCUCCAGCCACCUGAGGUACCCCGAAAGCCUAUUCACACUCCGGUUAAGACUGUGCCCCGUCCUACCCCUAUGGUGCAGCCACCAUCACCAUCUCUACUGCUGAACUCCAAGAACCUUCGUGAGAUCCCUGCCCCCAGGGCCAUCAAGACUCCAGUGGUCAAGAAGCCAGAGCUGCCUAAUAAAGUAUCUCCGGCUACCCCUAGCCGGAAGCGGAGUCUUGGGGUCUCUGAUGAGGAAGAUGCUGAGGAAGAGACUGAGAGGAAGAAGGAGAGGUCCAAGAGGGGCAAGUUUGCUGUGAAGGAGGAAAAGAAAGACUCAAAUGAGCUGUCAGACAGUGCUGGGGAAGAGGACUCAGAUGACUUCAAGAGGGCUCAGAAAGCACCAGUUCCUUGGCGUUUACCUCUGGCAGUCACUCAUCCUGCUGCUUGUUGGCACCCUCAUGACAGAGAUAAAGGGCUGCAUGUGGAGGUGCGUGUAAACAGGGAGUGGUACACGGGCCGUGUCACAGCUGUGGAGGUGGGCAAGCAUGUGGUACGGUGGAAGGUGAAGUUUGACUAUGUGCCCACGGACAGCACACCAAGAGACCGCUGGGUGGAAAAAGGCAGUGAGGAUGUACGGCUUAUGAAGCCCCCUUCUCCAGAGUAUCAGAGCCCUGACACGCAGCAGGAGGGUGGUGAGGAGGAGGUGGUGGUGGCCCAGCAGCCCGUAGCCCAGGCGGAGCCCUCCACUUCUGACUGCAUCCGCAUCGAGCCUGACACCACCGCCCCGAGCACCAACCAUGAGACCAUUGACCUGCUUGUUCAGAUCCUCCGGAACUGUUUACGGUAUUUCCUGCCUCCAAGUUUUCCCAUCUCCAAGAAGGAGCUGAGUUCUAUGAAUUCACAUGAGCUAAUAGCAUUUCCUCUGAAAGAGUACUUCAAGCAGUAUGAAGUAGGGCUCCAGAAUCUGUGCCACUCCUACCAGAGCCGUGCUGACUCACGGGCCAAAGCUUCUGAGGAAAGCCUGCGUACCUCUGAGAAGAAGCUCCGUGAGACAGAGGAGAAGUUGCAGAAGCUGAGAACCAACAUUGUGGCACUGCUGCAAAAGGUGCAGGAGGACAUAGACAUCAAUACAGAUGACGAGCUGGAUGCCUACAUCGAGGACCUGAUCACCAAGGGGGACUAAGGGGCUCGGAGCCAGCAAGGGUGGGCAAGGUAUCAGCUCCCCUGUCCCACCUGCCCUUGAGGCAGCAGCUCCUGGAGGGUGGUGUUUCAUUUAUGGGUUGGUGGACUUACCUUGAUUUGGCUCACAUGGGACACUUGUGCUUUUGGAGGGAAAGAUACUUCCAAUCUGCAAAUCUUUCUCCCUAAGUUUAUAAAUAUUUAUUUUUAAAAAAACCA